UCUACAUCACUGAUUUCACGGCCUGUCACUUUUGAAUAAAUAUGUCAGAUAUAAUUUUAAAAUAACCAAAAUAAACAAAUUGCACGUCCCAUGAAAGUAUUAUCUUAAAAAAGAAAGAAAUUAAUUUGGUAAACCUACUACCGACUAGCACGUAAAAUAGUUGACACAUCAACCAUGACUGAUACCAGCGAUUAUUCGACAACCAGCCGUGACGCAAGUGGAGGCGAACCGAAUCCCGCCUAUGAUAGACUGCAAACAUUUUGUAAGCAAAUGUUGAAAACUCGAACAUUUCUUGGUCAUUACCAAGAGAAUCGGUUAGUACAAAGUCUACAUGCUUACCGUGCGCUUGUCGUUAUCAGCAAAACCGACGAGUCAUUAGCCAAAGAUAUUCACACAGUUCGGCAACGCAUCAAAACUUUCUAUUCACACAAUCCCGACUACUGGAUGGGCUACACCGAUUCAGACAUGAUCGGUGCACCGCAUGGCUCGUGUAUAUGGACAGAGCUCGAAGGUGUACCGUUUGGUGAAUAUUGGUUUCAAGUCAAAACGGUGCGGUUCCGGAACAGUGAGGCUAUAAUCAAAUUGAAAAUGCUUAAGCCAAUGCAUGAUGUGGAAGAGUCCAUCCGACAGGAGCAUAAAAUUAGAGAAAAUCAAGACGCCUACGAUUCCGGACAACUGGCAAAAGACUUCCAGGAACUGUUAGUAAUGUGGCGAAAAUCCUGUGCCGAAUACUUUCUAUGGCUAUUCUCGCAACAAAUAACCGCCCAAAAUAUUGCCAGCGUUUUGAAGUUCAUUUGCUUGAUCAUGCUGGCUGCCGGAACGGCAUCAAUCCAUGGCCUAAUGUAUCUCGGUGCAUUUACGUUGAAAUUCAUGGCAGAAUUCCGAAAGUUGGUUAAUGUAUCCAUGCCGUUUCUGUUGAAAGCCUUAGAUUUAUUGUCGAAAGUGAUUGGCGGCUUUUAUUUAUUGUUGGCUAUGAUAUGGAGAGAUUUAAUUGGCCGUAAAGAUCCAACACCCGCUUACGGUCAACAAUUUGCGAAUCCGGCAGUGGGGUUCAGAGACGGGCAUCCUAUUAGGUCGAUAGAGUAUCGAAACGGUAGAGGAUAUGGCAACACUGGUCGUUACAACAGACGAUCAUAACUCUAAUGGAAAAUUGUAUUUUGUAUUUGGUUAUAACUCUCUUGCUUUUGCUAGGAAAGAAUAAUGUGCAUAAUUUUCGUUAGUUUUAACGUUUCAGCUGUGAAAUUAACACUAAAGUCAUACAAUAUUUGUUAAACCUGUAAGUUUGGUGAAAUAAAACACAAAUUUAAAAUAUUCUAAAAUA